AUAGAGAAAUGAAACUUUAUGCUUUCCACAAUAUCAAGGUGACUAGAUCAUAUGAUGUUGGAAUUGACAUUAGAAUGAACAAAGAUAGAAUCAACUAUAAGAGAAAGGUCUUAAAAUAUCCUUAUAUUUGAUGGUUAUCUUCAUCAGCAGUUUUCCAAUAUCAGACAAUAACCACAAAAUGUUCCCUCAUCGCUGUCCCACUGACCGUAUGCUAUCGUGUGUAAAUUUCCACGAGGCCCUUUUACUAAAUCAAGUUAUAAGUGGUAAGAAUCCACGGAGGGCAGAGUUGGAUGAUAACAACUGGAAUAACACUUGUGUGAUAAUGCACUAUAACAAUUAUUUAACUUCGAAUAUAGAUUAAAUAUUAUUUAAUUUUAUCGCUCUCUGUUGUGACGUUUUUCAAAUCUCACAAAACAAACUAGUUGAGUUUAAUACUAUUGAAACAGCAUUUAUCAGGUAUAUUGUAAGUAAAUAAAACUUCGUGUAUAUAUAAAUACAAUUUAUUACAUUAUAAGUCGACGUUUCGAGUGACAAGAAGUCUUGGUCAGCGAACGAACUCUGUAAAGAAUAACUUUAUGCAGCCAUCUGAAUGCACAAUCGUCUUAGACAGGCACGGCAACUACUACACUACCAUCCGGCUUUCCUCAUAUUAAAGAAGAUUUCCGCGAGAGAACUGUCAAUGUUGGGGCUAAGAAGCAAAGAAGUACCAGCCCGUCGUCAGCAUGCAUCUAAAGAACAAAAGCUCAAAAUGGAAAAAUGCCUCAUUGUUUCAAAGGUCACGAGAUAUGAAUAUGAAAAGCACAGCCACGACAACAUAUCGAAUUGGGAGCUAGAGAAGAUACUACGAAAUCGUGGAUCCGACUAUGACUCUAUGGUAUCGAAUCAUAAAGAACAGAAAUCCUUUGAAGAGGGAGUGGCCAAGGCGUUAAAAGAAAUGGGAGUUAAAGUUGAAAUGGCUAGUAGGUUAACAUAUAACGAAGAAAUGAUAAAUUGGUGCGACGCAGUUGUUCCGUGUGGUGGUGAUGGGACCUUCCUACUCGCCGCUUCAAGGGUCAGGGACGCUAAUAAACCAGUGAUAGGUUUCAACAGCGCGCCGCAUAAGUCCGUGGGACGCCUGUGCCUGCCCACCUGGUGUUCCAAUGAUCUCAAGGGUGCGCUACAAGCUUUAAAGGAGGGCAAGUUUCGUUGGAUGCGUCGUUCUCGGAUACGUACGACGAUCACGAGCGACCAGAAACUGUUGGAUUCGAUCACGCCCGUUGAUUUGCACACUCUGCACUUUUGUAGAUAUCCACCCGUGUCCAACCAAGAAGACAGUCACGAAGCGGCGACGAGACUUAAAGACCCUCAGGAGGAGAGUAAAUGUAGUUUAGCCACAAAGGUGCUGCCGUUUUUAGCUCUAAAUGAGGUAUUUAUAGGGGAGAGUGUGACGUCACGGGUGUCUCUUCUCCGCCUGAAGAUAGAUGAUGGGAAAUGGGCUCAUACUAAGAGUUCCGGACUCUGCGUUACAACCGGAACCGGAAGUACGUCGUGGCAUUACAGCAUAAACUGCCUCAGAACCCACUCAGUACUGGAGUUGAUGAAGAUCCUCCACGAAGAGUACGGAGUCGAUCUUGACACGUCUCUGGAGAAGGCUCGCGAGGUCACCGAGAAGUACAACACCAAGUUAAUGUUUCCCCCAGACUCCGAGCAAUUAGCGUACUCCGUCCGCGAGUACAUAACCUUCGAGGAAUGGCCAGCCCCUCGAGGCCUCCGGGUCAGGGACAGGGCCGAAGCCGUCACCGUUCGGAGCCACUGCACUGAUGCCGGCUUGGUAAUAGAUGGGAGCGUAUCAUUCCCAUUCAACGACGGCACUCAAGCGCUGUUGGAGAUUCAUCCCGAAGACUCGCUCAUGACAGUUCAAAUGGAUGACGCGUUGCCUUUUUAAUUUAUUACAUUUAAUAUAUGUAAAUCAAAAAUCUAUCUUUAAUACCGAGCUGUAGCAAAAACUAUACGUACAAUCGAAUAGUUAACGCAUUUUUGCAAUUAAACUGACGUACAAGAUGUGAGUAUUUAUUAAUAUUCAUAAAGAAUCAAUAUAGAAUAUCGUAUGGAAGUAUACGAACACAUGCUAACGGAAAACUAUCAUGUGUACAAAAAUGUACGUUAGUGUAUUUCGAAUAGUGUUCUAAUACUAUUCGAAAACGAAUGUCAUGUUUUAGAUGCACAUAAACUUACAUAGCUGCGUUAACUAUGCAAAUAUUAUUAUUUUGUCACAUUAAAAAGGGUUUAGAAUAAUUGUUGGAAGAUAUCUUUGAAUCAAGGUGGUUCCAGAUUAUAACAAUUAUUAUUAUUUCCAAUGUGACUGACUACAAUAAAAGUAGUUCAAAAGUUAAAAAGCUUUGCUUUCAAAAAUUAAAUAAAUUAGUUUCUAAAUUAUCUUGUGAUAUUGUUUUUCGAGCUUCUGAAUUGUAUUAAUUCUAAGGACUGUUAAUACUUACCUAGUGUUGAACUAUGCAGUAAGACUGAGUUUUUUAUUUCUCUUAGGUAUAAGUAAAUAGUUAAUCAAGAUGAAUGUUGAUCAAACGUUAGUUAUUUUAUAUAUUAAAUAAAAGCAAGUAAUAUUGUUAUCCAUUUAUCAUAGAUUUUAUUAUUCUAUAUGAAAAACAUUUAUAUGUGGGUACAUUAAUAAAUAUGUUGUCUACCCACUUAGAUUACAUGAUAGUCUUUAUAUACUUGAUAAUUUCCGUCGAAUCUUGUACCUUUGAGAAUCAUAAUGCAGCAUUAUUUUAUUUAAGAAUUUAUUUAUAAAUAGUGUAUCAAAAAUAAGAUCUUGCAAUUAUUUAUUUAUAAAUUAUUUUUCAGUAUAUUGUUUUAUA